CACAAAAGACGCCCCCUCUCUCUCUUGCUUCAUUCAAUAUAAACACAGAGCAGUGCAGUAUGAGCGCAUUUAUUUGUUCUAUUUGAAAAUAUACCUGCAAAAUUUAACACACAUGGCGACAAAACGCAAAGUAGAGGUGAUUGUCCCAGCUGAGGAGAGUGACCAGCUCCUCAUUCGUCCACUGGGUGCUGGUCAGGAGGUUGGGAGGUCAUGCAUCAUCCUGGAGUUCAAAGGAAGGAAAAUUAUGCUGGACUGUGGUAUCCACCCUGGCUUGGAGGGAAUGGAUGCCCUCCCCUACAUAGACUUGAUCGACCCAGCCGAGAUAGACCUGCUGCUCAUCAGCCAUUUCCACUUGGAUCACUGUGGAGCUCUGCCCUGGUUCCUCCAGAAGACCAGCUUUAAAGGCAGGACCUUCAUGACCCACGCCACUAAGGCCAUCUACCGCUGGCUACUGUCAGACUACGUCAAAGUCAGCAACAUUUCUGCAGACGACAUGCUGUACACUGAGACUGACCUGGAGGAGAGCAUGGAUAAGAUUGAGACCAUCAACUUCCACGAGGUCAAGGAAGUGGCUGGAAUCAAGUUCUGGUGCUACCACGCUGGUCAUGUGCUGGGAGCUGCCAUGUUCAUGAUUGAAAUAGCUGGAGUCAAGCUGCUGUACACGGGAGACUUCUCCCGACAGGAAGACAGACAUCUGAUGGCAGCAGAGAUCCCCAGCGUCAAACCUGACAUCUUAAUCAUAGAGUCGACCUACGGCACGCACAUCCAUGAGAAGAGGGAGGAGCGUGAGGCUCGGUUCUGUAACACAGUCCAUGACAUUGUCAACAGAGAAGGCCGUUGUUUGAUCCCUGUGUUUGCCUUGGGGAGGGCCCAGGAGCUGCUGCUCAUCCUGGAUGAGUACUGGCAGAACCACCCAGAGCUCCAUGACAUCCCCAUCUACUACGCUUCAUCCCUGGCCAAGAAGUGCAUGGCUGUGUACCAGACCUACGUCAACGCAAUGAACGACAAGAUCCGGAAGGCCAUCAACAUCAACAACCCUUUUGUCUUCAAGCACAUCAGCAACCUCAAGAGCAUGGAUCACUUUGAUGACAUCGGUCCCAGUGUGGUGAUGGCAUCUCCGGGUAUGAUGCAGAGCGGGCUCUCCAGAGAGCUCUUUGAGAGCUGGUGCACUGAUAAGAGGAACGGAGUCAUCAUCGCUGGAUACUGUGUGGAGGGCACGCUGGCCAAGCACAUCAUGUCUGAGCCGGAGGAGAUCACCACCAUGUCAGGGCAGAAGCUGCAGCUGAAGAUGUCAGUGGACUACAUCUCGUUCUCUGCCCACACUGACUACCAGCAGACCAGCGAGUUCAUCAGGGCCCUCAAACCACCACAUGUGAUCCUGGUCCAUGGGGAGCAGAAUGAAAUGGCCCGUCUGAAGGCUGCACUGAUCAGGGAGUACGAGGAUAAUGACCAGGUUCACAUCGAAGUCCACAACCCUCGCAACACAGAAGCUGUCACCCUCAACUUCAGGGGAGAGAAACUGGCCAAGGUGAUGGGCUCUCUGGCUGAUAAGAAGUGUGCUCAGGGACAGAGGGUGUCGGGCAUUCUGGUGAAAAAGAACUUCAACUACCACAUCCUCAAUCCCUCUGACCUUUCUACAUACACAGAGCUGGCCAUGAGCACAGUGAAACAGACCCAGGCCAUCCCCUUCACUGGACCUUACUCACUGCUCGUCUGCCAUCUGAGGAACCUCACCGGUGACGUGGAAGAGCUGGAUGGAACCGAGAAGAACACUUUGAAGAUCUUUAAAAAUGUCACUCUGAUCCACGAGGCCGGCAUGGUGCUGCUGGAGUGGCUAGCAAACCCUCUCAAUGACAUGUAUGCCGACGCCGUCACCACUGUAGUGCUGGAAGUCCAGUCCAACCCAAAGGCGCAGAAAGCCAUGGAGACCCAGAGUGCGAUUAUGGACAUGGACGUCUUCCAGAACCGACUAGGAGUCAUGCUGCAGGACAUGUUUGGAGAGGAAUGUGUGGAUUUCAGUGACGGUAAAAACAUCUCUGUGACAGUAGACGGGAAGACGGUUCUCAUCUGCUUGGAAACGAGGUCGGUGUGCUACGAGGAUGAAUGCACUGAGGACGACUCCCUGAGAGAGAUGGUGGAGCUGGCAGUGCAGCGGCUCUAUGACGCCCUCAACCCGGUCAUCUGAGAGCGGAGACGGGACUGCAGACGUAUUCAGAACCAGUUCGACCUCGCCUUUAAACUAACGAGGGACAGAGUUUCUUUAAGCCAAGUCAUCACAGAUAUAAAAACAAAGAAUACUUCUACAAGUUCAGUGUUGAAAAUUAACAGGCAGCUUAAAUUUGUGCGCUAAAAACUAGAUAGCGUGUUCCCAAGAACAAUAUUUCUACACUACCAGGAUCUACAGUGUUUUCGCUUGUUUUAUCCCAAAUACAUUUCACAAAACAUAUCAGUAUAAGUUUAUACCUGUGACCAUGGAUACCAUGUAAAAAAGGGAAUUAAAUAAGCUGUGUAGAUAGGAUUUGUUUUCGUAGAUUUUAGUGUUGUUUUGUCAUGCAAGCACUUUUAAUCCUAAUUUAUUUAAUAAGUGUACUGUAAUCAUGUAGAUGCACUGUAGGUUAUGUUUGACCCAAGUUUGUUACUAAUGUGCACUGAUAUGACAGACUUGUUUACUAAUAACUGUGACGUGAACUCUGAAUUUCUAAAUGCACUAAAUGUUUCUGUUAAUUGAAUAAUGUUUAAAACCGUCUUUUACAAAA